GCGGAAAUGAAAGUUCACUAGCGACAGCGGCGGAGCACAGCUGAGAAAGAGCUGUGAUGUCAUGGCAGCUGCCAGUAUGACCAGACCUGGCGGUGUCCAGACCACUGAAAAGUCUCAGCUGAUCUUGAAAGUGGUUUCAGCAAAGCCCCAGUCUCCCAAGCUGCCAAACCGUCACUCUCGGCUCAGCUCCUUCGUCGAGGUGACCGCCGAUGGCCUGACCAGCGAAACCAAAAAAACGGGCAAACGCAGCGGGCAUCAUGAGCUGCAGUGGAACGAAGACCUCACCCUGAACGUGACGCCUCAGAGUCGCCUGGAUCUCAAGCUGUGGAGCUGCCACACCCUGAGGAAGGAGUUACUGGGCAGCGCCACCAUAGACCUGCUGGACACACUGCGCACACAUGAUGGCAAGAUGGAGAACGUCCAACUGAGUCUGGUGCUGCAGACGGAGAACAAAGGCUUGGUUGUAGCGGGAGGCGAGCUCAACGUCUGUCUGGACGGCAUGGUUGUUGAUCUGGGCUCACUGCCCAAUGGCAGCACGGCAGCAGACAAGAUACUGCAGUCAGACAGACCCAACCUGAGGAGGACGCAGAGCGAAGAGACCCCCAGUGCUACUGAAUCUCACAGCAGGAUUAACAGGCACUCAGUGGGGGGGUUCACAGAGCGGCUCUCCGGGAUGCUCCAGAGGGAUCUCUCUGACUAACGGGAGCUGAACGAGGAGCAGAUCCCUGGCCCGGGCUCGUCCGGUCGCCGCCGGUCCUCCAAGAGUCACGGCAGCCCUGGAAGCAGUGCAGAUAAAGUUGAGUUGACAUCCAACGGGCUGGAGACCAGUCGAGGCGGUGUGGCCCGUCACACGCCUCCUCCAUCCUCUCCAUCGGGCCGAUCCCCAGCCGCCAGCAGCAGCAGUAGUAGCCCCUCUCCAGGUCAGGACGCCCUGGGUACAGUCACCCCAGCAGAGCCCGGGCCCAAUGCCACCUCCAGCACCGAGCAGGCCAACAGCAGUGCCACAGAGUCCACUACAGACACACUCCCGGCUGGCUGGGAGCAGAGGGUGUUGCCUCAUGGCAGAGUGUACUACGUCGACCACAACACCAAAACCACAACAUGGGAGAGACCACUGCCACCGGGCUGGGAGAAGCGUGUGGACCAACGGGGCAGGUUCUACUAUGUGGACCACAACACCAGGACCACCACAUGGCAGAGGCCCACGGCCGAGUCUGUGCGCAACUAUCAGCAGUGGCAGAGCCAGCGCAGCCAGCUGCAGGGCGCCAUGCACCAGUUCAGCCAGCGCUUCCUCUACCAGCCGUCUGGUGCUCCGGUGGAAAAUGACCCUCUGGGCGCACUGCCUCCUGGAUGGGAGAAGCGUCAAGACAAUGGCAGAGUGUACUUCGUCAACCACAACACAAGAACCACUCAGUGGGACGAUCCACGGACCCAAGGGAUGAUCAAGGAGCACCCCCUGCCCCCGGGCUGGGAGAUGAAGUACACCGCCGAAGGAGUCCGAUAUUUUGUGGACCACAACUCACGCACGACCACCUUUAAAGACCCCCGACCCGGGUUUGAGUCAGGGUCACGGCAGGGCGGUUCACCCGGCGCCUACGAUCGCAGCUUCAGGUGGAAAUACCAUCAGUUCCGUUUCCUGUGCCAUUCCAAUGCCUUGCCCAGCCACGUGAAGAUCUCCGUGUCCAGACAGACUCUGUUUGAGGAUUCAUUUCAACAGAUCAUGAAUGUGAAGCCAUACGACCUUCGCCGGAGACUCUACAUCAUCAUGAGAGGAGAGGAAGGGCUGGACUACGGCGGCAUCGCCAGGGAGUGGUUCUUCCUGUUGUCCCACGAGGUCCUGAACCCCAUGUACUGUCUGUUCGAAUACGCCGGCAAGAACAACUACUGUCUGCAGAUCAACCCAGCUUCCUCCAUCAACCCAGACCACCUCACGUACUUCCGCUUCAUCGGACGCUUCAUCGCAAUGGCUCUGUACCACGGAAAGUUCAUCGACACAGGCUUCACGCUACCGUUCUACAAGCGAAUGCUGGACAAGAAGCCCACACUCAAAGAUCUUGAGUCCAUAGACCCUGAGUUCUAUAACUCCAUCAUGUGGGUCAAAGAGAACAACCUGGAGGAGUGCGGCGUAGAGCUAUAUUUCGCACAGGACAUGGAGAUCCUUGGGAAGGUUUCCACUCACCAGCUGAAGGACGAUGGAGAGAAUGAACUGGUCACCGAGGAGAACAAGGAGGAGUACAUCAGCCUGCUGACCGACUGGAGAUUCACUCGCGGGGUGGAGGAGCAGACCAAAGCCUUCCUGGACGGAUUCAACGAGGUGGUUCCUCUGGAGUGGCUUCGCUACUUUGAUGAAAAAGAGCUGGAGCUGAUGCUGUGCGGGAUGCAGGAGAUCGAUAUGGCUGACUGGCAGAAGAACACCAUCUACAGACACUACACCAAGAACAGCAAGCAGAUCCACUGGUUCUGGCAGGUGGUGAAGGAGAUGGACAACGAGAAGAGAAUCCGUCUUCUUCAGUUCGUAACAGGAACCUGCCGGCUGCCUGUCGGUGGCUUUGCUGAGCUCAUCGGAAGUAACGGUCCCCAGAAGUUCUGCAUAGACAAGGUGGGGAAGGAGACUUGGCUUCCAAGAAGCCACACAUGUUUCAAUCGACUGGACCUGCCGCCCUACAGAAGCCUGGAGCAGCUCCGAGAGAAACUCAUGUUUGCCAUCGAAGAGACGGAGGGAUUCGGGCAGGAGUGAAGCGGGAAACGAGACAAGAGACGGCUUAAAAGAGAGCAGAUAAUUCAACAGGAUAGUUUUUUGUUAUUAUUGUUAUUGAUUUGCAUUUGUUAAUCACAGGGCUAAUAAAUCACCUGUCAUCUAGCCCCUCACUGGGGGGAGGAUCAUGUUUGUGAACUGAAUCACAGGAUCAAGUCGGAGCCGGCAGAUGGACACACGAGAACACAGAAGAAGAGUGUGUAUGCCUGCUUGUCUGUGUGUGUGUGCGCGUGUUUGUGUGUGUGUGUGUGCUCACGUCAAUGCCAUUGUGUAUAUGCAUAUAAAUAGUGUGUAUGUUUAUGUGGGUCGGACAGGACGGCACAUAGAGAGAAUUAUAUUUGACCAGUCAGUCUCACACCAACCCCCCUCCCCACACACACACAAACACACACACACAAAAACAAACACGAACACCUCCACUCACAGCUUAGAAAUGCACCAAAACCAGAGAAAGGAUAGUUUUUAAUAUCAGCAGCAACUCACAAAUGCAGUAUAACAUAUCUACCAGAGAGAAAUACAUUUUUUUAACAUUUUAAAGUGAUAAAAGAGAGAGACAGGAGAGUGAGAUAAAGAGAAGGAGUGUAUGAGAGGAGCUGAGCGCAUGUGUGUGUGAAUACGAGAGACAGAGAGCUGUUAUCAUGAACCAGUGCACCUCUGUUACAGAGGUUAGAGAGAUGAGAUGUGAUUUUACUUUUUAUUUUUCUGUUCUUUGUGAAUUUCAGCUUUUUUUUCUCCUGUACAUAGGUAAAAUAAAUGAGAUUUCAAUCUUGAA